CCUUUUCUGUCUCUCUCUCCCUCAUCCAAGGCUCCUCCUCCUCGUCUAUCUGUUAUGCUUUUUCCUUUCCUUCCGCCUCUGCCAACACAAUAGUAGCACGCACGUACACAGAAACUGGCUUUUCUCUCUUUCUUUCUUGUGGUGAAGAAAUGUCAAGAUUGUUGUCAAAAUAAAAAAUAAAAGAUCAAAAAGAAAAAAAAAUAUGAAGGUGAGGCAUUUGGUGUUGGGUUUGCUGUCGGUUACCGUCAUUGCUCCCAUCUUUCUUUACACCGAUAGGGUCGCCACCUUCAAUCCUUCUUCUUCUACACGCGAUUUUCUUGAUGAUGUUGCAACUUUUACGCUGCUCGGCGACACCAGGCGUCUCAAUGUUCUUCCUCAGGAAACUUCCACCGCCAUCAAAGAACCCGCUGGAAUCGUAUAUUCGGACCCCUCCAACAAUUCUUUUCGUAAAGUCACAGAGACCAGGGAGCAUAAAUCAACACGAGUGCUUUCUGCUACAGAUGAAGAACGUCAUCCCCAAUUACACAACCCCAUUAGACAGGUCACCAUCCCUGCUCCUGCCAAUCUCACCACUCUCCUCGAUUCCCAUCCCAAUGCAUCUCACCGCUGGGGUACAAAGCUUGAGCAACAACCCACUCAACUGGCUGGCAACAUUGAUCAGAAAGAGCAUUCAGAUAACAAAUCCAGCACACUGACUGAACCACUAGAUGCUCAGGUACGUCAUCUCAAAGACCAGCUCAUCCGCGCGAAAGUGUACCUCUCCCUUCCAGCCAUCAAAAGCAACCCGCAUGUUACAAGGGAGCUUCGACUGCGGAUUAAGGAAGUUUCACGUGCUCUUGGUGAUGCAACCAAGGACUCUGAUCUGCCAAAGAAUGCCUUUGAUAAGUUGAAAGCAAUGGAACAAUCCUUAGAAAAAGGUAAGCAGAUUCAAGAUGAUUGUGCUGCUGUGGUAAAGAAGCUUCGGGCUAUGCUCCACUCAACGGAAGAGCAACUCCGAGUCCACAAAAAACAGACUAUGUUCUUGACACAAUUAACUGCAAAAACCCUUCCCAAGGGUCUUCAUUGCCUGCCUUUGCGUCUUACUACUGAGUAUUAUGCUUUGAAUUCUUCACAACAGAACUUUUUAAAUCAAGAGAAAUUAGAAGACCCCCAGCUGUACCAUUAUGCACUUUUCUCGGAUAAUGUACUAGCAGCAGCAGUUGUUGUAAACUCAACUGUCUCCCAUGCUAAGCACCCUUCAAAUCAUGUUUUCCACAUUGUUACGGAUAGGCUUAAUUAUGCAGCAAUGAGGAUGUGGUUUCUAAGUAAUCCACCAGGGAAAGCCACUAUACAGGUCCAGAACAUUGAAGAAUUUACAUGGUUAAACUCAAGCUACAGUCCAGUCCUUAAGCAAUUAGGUUCUCCUUCCAUGAUUGAUUAUUACUUCAGGGCACAUCGGGCCAAUUCUGAUUCAAAUCUGAAGUUCCGUAACCCAAAAUAUUUGUCCAUCCUGAACCAUCUACGGUUUUACCUACCAGAGAUCUUCCCGAAACUGAAUAAAGUGCUGUUCUUAGAUGAUGAUAUAGUAGUCCGGAAGGACGUCAGUGGUCUUUGGUCCCUGGAUUUGAAGGGCAAUGUCAAUGGUGCUGUUGAGACAUGUGGAGAAAGCUUCCAUCGGUUUGAUCGGUAUCUCAACUUCUCAAAUCCUCUCAUCUCAAAGAACUUCGACCCACAUGCCUGUGGAUGGGCAUAUGGAAUGAAUAUUUUUGAUUUGGAGGAGUGGAGGCGGCAAAACAUCACUGAUGUAUAUCAUAGAUGGCAGAAGCUGAAUCAUGACAGGCAAUUGUGGAAGUUGGGGACACUGCCUCCUGGUCUGAUAACAUUUUGGAAACGCACUUAUCCACUCGACAGAUCUUGGCAUGUGCUUGGGCUUGGGUACAAUCCUAAUGUAAACCAGAGGGAGGUAGAACGAGCUGCUGUUAUACACUAUAAUGGCAACUUGAAACCAUGGCUGGAGAUAGGGAUACCUAAGUAUAAAAAUUAUUGGGCAAAGUAUGUAGAUUAUGAUAAUAUGUAUUUGCGAGAAUGCAACAUCAAUCCGUAGAAAGCCUUGAUGGGGAUAUCCUGAUGUUAAAGUUUUUGUGGUGACCCAUGAAUUUUUACAAUUCUACACAUCUCUUUGUAGGUUAUUCUGUUCAGAGGUAUUGGGUUGAAUUCAUUCUUGUAUACAUUGUCAAUUUUGAUAUCGGUUUCUUGCAGGUGUAUUUGUAAA